AUGGCCGCUUCGUGGAGCUGGACACCCGCCUCGAAGCUGUGCUUCGUCACCACCGGCGCAACAGCCCCCUUUGCAGCCCUGAUCGAGUCCGUCCUGAGCCCUCCGUCUCUGGAUGCGUUGCUGGAACACGGCUUCACCCAUCUGCUCGUCCAGCAUGGCUCUGCCAAAGACGUCUUUGCCCAGGCUGCUGCCAGUGCUCGGUCUCACGUGCAGGACACCCAGCACUCGUUGAUCAUCGACGGCAUCGACUUCAGCCCACACGGCCUACACGCCCAGCUCAGACUCGUGCAGCAGUCCAAGGGCCUCGUUGUAUCGCAUGCUGGAUCGGGAUCUAUCCUCGACGCUCUGCGCUUCCACCUCCCACUCAUCGUCGUGCCCAACACGAGUCUUUUGGAUAACCAUCAGGAGGAGCUUGCUGUUGCCAUGGAGCGCUCAGGCUACCUGCUCAGAGGCCGUGUUGAAGACCUGAGUCCGGCUAUUCGAAAGUCAGGGGAGUUCCGCAGUAGAAUGUCUCAAUUUCCACCCAUUACCAGCGGACAGCACAGAGAAACCAAGAGCUUCGCCGCGGUCAUGGAUGAGACGGUGGGCUUCAUGGAUUGA